UUGAUGGUUACGCAAUUCGAUGCAACCAUUGUUACAUGAGGAAAUCUGUGCGAAUACUUUCUUCUCCAAAUCGAAAUUUUCCUUCAGCAAAAUAUGGCAUAUGUGCCAUAACUGGUUAUUAAAGCAAACAGUAUCUGCUACAGCUGCAGAAACGGAGAAUACAAGGAUUUCAACAGUGCAGUGGUAUCAGUACUGCCGUGAUAUUGCCUUACAAAACCUAAUAGGGAUCACCUCUGUACUUAGAGGAGUUGGCGUCGUCGUGCAUGUUGACGAAACUGUGCUUAUUAAGCGGAAAAUGAAUCGAGGCAGAAGUAGAGCAAAUCAUGUUUAGGUGCGGGGACUUUACAACAAAAAUCUUCGUAAUGGGUUUGUAGAACGCAUCCCAAAAAGAAGUACUGAUGUCGUAAUGCCAAUUAUACAAUGGCUAGUCCUCCCAAGAACUACUAUUCACACAGACGAAUGGAGAGUUUAUCCUCAAUUGUCAUCAUUAGGUUAUCUUCACCACAAAGUCAACCAUUCUUCUGAACUGGUGGAUCCUGUAAGAGGAACGCAUAGAAAUUCCAAUGAAGGAUUUUAGGCUCACCUCAAAAAACAUAUCAGAAUGGUAAAUGGUUCCCAAAGUGAUAUGGUAUAUAGCCCUUUAGGUGAGUUUCUGUAUCGACAUUGGUUUAAUAUGUCUAUAACCACUGCUAUGACAAACUGGGACCAGUUUUGCAGCAUAUUAGAGACAUUUAUCCUGUAUAAUUCAU